GUUGUUAACCCUCCGCUGCGUGUCCACCCCCGGUCCAGAUCCAGGUCCACUAACAACAAAGCCAGUCCGCAAAAAGAACAGGGUUUAGAAAGAUUCUGUUAGCGACAGGAAGUGCUGCUGAUCCAGAACCGUCAGCUGAUCCGUCUGUCAGGAAGUGGCUCACUGGUGGCACUGGAUGGACCAGCUGGUAACAGUCGGGGCCAGCUGCUAACACCCUUCAGGCCCGUACAUCUGACAUCAGCCAGCGAUGGCCAACUUCCGCAGCUACAUCUGGGACCCCGUCCUCAUCGUGUGCCAGAUCGUGCUCAUGCAGUGCAUCUACUACAGCUUCCUGGGCCUGUGGCUGGCAGGAGUGGACGGCCUCGUACAAAGCAGCCGGUCACUCGACCAGAUCUUUAGUUAUGAAGUCCUCGGCUUUGCAACCCUGCAGGGCAGGCUCUCGAUGAUGGCGUUUAUCUUGAACUCUCUGACCUGCGCUCUCGGUCUGUGGUUCUUCAUCCGCCGAGGCAAACAGUGCCUGGACUUCACCGUCACCGUGCACUUCUUCCACAUGAUCUGCUGCUGGAUCUAUAACUCCCACCUCCCGGCCGCUCUGUCCUGGUGGCUGGUCAACGUGGCGUGCGUGGCGCUGAUGGCGGUGAUCGGGGAGUAUCUAUGCAUGCGGACUGAGCUCAGGGCCAUUCCCGUCAACAGCGGACCCAAAUCCAACCUGUGAAUGCCCUCGGACUCCAUACAGACAGUGCGAGGAGGGUUCGGCCUCCAAGAAGCAGCUGAGGAAGAUGUUCCACUCUGUACAUGGUGGAUUGACACAAAUCCUCUCAUCAAAGUGACUGACGGGAUGAACUGAUCUAUUUAUUCUCAACUGCCCAUUAAAUUGUUGGACAGUAUUAACUGUAGCAUAUUGAUAUGCUUGUUUUAAUGCUUUUGGAAGCAAUUUACAUUCAUCUUUAAACUUAAAGACUGUAGGUUUUGGCUUUUUGUUGUAGUAAUGUCAUUUUUCUGUUGAAAUCCGUGUGACCUGCUCCAGUAAAACGUGUCACACUGACCAACGUAAGUUAUCUUUGACGCUUCUCAGAGCCUCUUCUGAAAUGCAAUGUUGGGUUACAAGAGAGAGACAGUGAAUUCAAACAUAGGAGAGAUUUCUGCCUCACAAUUCAACCCAUUGUUGGUCAGAAUCUAAAAUAUAUCAUGCCUGCUUUUACCCAUCAGGAUACAGUUUUGUGUACGUUCAGUCUCCAAGCUCUCGUUAGAAACCUUCCUCGUCAGGCUCGCGCAGCUUUUAUCACAUCGAGCGCUGCAGUGUGGUCACAUCUGGGACAGUCUGACAUCCACCAGCUGCGUCUGUGUUUCUGAGAAACGCCGUUUGAGAGGAUGCAACUCGAUGUGCUACGUCGGCCAUUUCUAGAAUAUACAAGCUUUUUUUCCUAUUGUGACGGUUUUUAAAAGUCCUCUCUGAUUUAGCAGGGUUUUUAUUUUCUUUCAUUGGUGAAACGUCGCAGCUUCUGUAACAGAGUUAUAUAUCUUCUCUGUCUGUGGUGACAAGUGCAUGAUGGAGUGCAUCAGAUGUUUUGAAGAAGCGCUUUAUUCACUCAGUGUUUGGUUGGAUGCAUCCAGUCUUCUUUUUUUUUAAUACUUUCACACACUGGAAACUGGGAAGAAGCUAACAAGUUCAAAAGAAAUGGAACCCACCAUCUUGCAAUGACUGGUUGCAUGGCAACAGCAGCUUCUUUUUUUAAUUUUAUUCUUUUGUUUGCU